GGAGUCGAUCCGCGGCCGUCAGCGGACGGGGCGGGGAUCCGGGUGCCAGGUCCUCGCCAACCCGCCCCCGCCGCCUCCGUCUGCCGUCCAGGUUCUGCCCGACUGUCAUGGGUCGGGGCAGGAUCUCUGCCCGUUCCGUGUGAGGUGCGUUGCCGCCGCUGCCACCGCCGUCUUCGCUUUCCGAAGACUCCUCCCCACCUCCACUGCCACCGGAGCCCCUCGCCGUGGCCUGCCCGUCGCCGCCCCUGGGCAGGUUCGAAUGUGCGUCCGGUGAAGGUGCAGGUCCGGCGCCGCCGCCGCUGCCGCAGCCGGGAAAUGGUUCGGGCCUAGCGGAGCCGGGACUGGAGCAACAUGAACCGUGAAGACCGGAAUGUGCUGCGUAUGAAAGAACGGGAAAGGCGAAAUCAGGAAAUUCAGCAGGGCGAGGACGCCUUCCCACCUAGCUCUCCUCUCUUUGCUGAGCCAUACAAAGUUACUAGCAAAGAAGACAAGUUAUCAAGUCGCAUUCAGAGUAUGCUUGGAAACUACGAUGAAAUGAAGGAUCUCUUAGGGGACAGAUCUAUACCAAAGCUUGUUGCAAUUCCCAAGCCUACAGUACCACCGACAGCAGAUGAAAAAUCCAACCCAAAUUUCUUCGAUCAGAGACAUGGGAGCUCACAUCAAAGUAGCAAAUGGACUCCAGUAGGACCUGCACCCAGCACUUCUCAGUCUCAGAAACGGUCCUCAGGCUUACAGAGUGGACACAGCAGUCAACGGACCAGUGCAAGUGGCAGUAGCAGCACUAAUAGUAGUAGCCAGAGGCAUGACCGUGACUCCUAUAGCAGUAGUGGGAGCAGUAGCCGGAAAAAAGGCCAGCAUGGAUCAGAACACUCCAAAUCACGCUCUUCCAGCCCUGGGAAACCCCAAGCUGUUUCUUCAUUAAGCUCCAGUCAUUCCAGGUCUCAUGGGAAUGAUCACCAUAGCAAGGAACAUCAACGUUCCAAAUCACCUCGGGACCCUGAUGCAAACUGGGAUUCACCUUCCCGUGUACCUUUUUCAAGUGGACAGCACUCAAACCAGUCUUUCCCCCCUUCAUUGAUGUCAAAGUCCAGUUCAAUGUUACAGAAACCCACUGCCUAUGUGCGGCCCAUGGAUGGACAGGAGUCCAUGGAACCAAAGCUGUCCUCUGAGCACUACAGCAGCCAAUCCCAUGGCAACAGCAUGACUGAGCUGAAACCCAGCAGCAAAGCACAUCUCACCAAGCUAAAAAUACCUUCUCAACCACUGGAUGCAUCUGCUUCUGGUGAUGUGAGCUGUGUGGAUGAAAUUCUUAAAGAGAUGACGCAUUCAUGGCCUCCCCCUCUAACGGCUAUUCAUACGCCAUGCAAAACAGAACCUUCCAAAUUUCCUUUUCCAACUAAGGAGUCUCAACAGUCCAAUUUUGGCCCUGGAGAGCAAAAAAGAUAUAAUCCUUCUUCUAAAACGUCAAAUGGACACCAAUCUAAAUCUAUGUUAAAAGAUGACUUAAAACUAAGCAGCAGUGAAGACAGUGAUGGGGAACAGGAUUGUGAUAAGACAAUGCCAAGGAGUACACCAGGAAGUAACUCUGAACCUUCACACCAUAACAGUGAAGGAGCAGAUAAUUCCAGAGAUGAUUCAAGUAGUCACAGUGGAUCUGAAAGCAGCUCUGGAUCUGAUUCAGAGAGUGAAAGUAGUUCCAGUGACAGUGAAGCAAAUGAGCCAUCCCAAAGUGCAUCUCCUGAGCCUGAACCACCACCAACAAACAAAUGGCAACUUGAUAAUUGGUUGAAUAAAGUGAACCCACAUAAAGUUUCACCAGCUUCUUCUGUGGAUAGUAACAUUCCAUCGUCUCAAGGCUAUAAAAAGGAAGGCCGAGAACAGGGCACUGGGAAUAGCUACACUGAUUCAGGUGGACCUAAAGAAACAAGUUCUGCUACUCCUGGACGAGACUCCAAAACUAUCCAAAAGGGAUCAGAAGGUGGACGAGGGAGGCAGAAGUCUCCUGCACAGAGUGACAGCACAACACAGAGGCGAACUGUAGGCAAGAAACAACCCAAAAAGGCAGAGAAGGCCACUGCUGAAGAGCCUCGUGGAGGCCUAAAGAUAGAAAGUGAAACCCCAGUUGACAUGGCUUCCAGUAUGCCCUCCAGCAGACACAAGGCAGCCACCAAAGGCUCAAGGAAACCCAAUAUAAAGAAGGAGUCCAAAUCUUCCCCUCGACCUACAGCCGAGAAAAAGAAAUACAAGUCAACAAGUAAAUCUUCCCAGAAAUCAAGGGAAAUCAUAGAAACAGAUACCUCAUCCUCAGAUUCGGAUGAAAGCGAGAGCCUUCCUCCUUCUUCACAAACUCCUAAGUACCCUGAGAGCAGUAGGACUCCAGUUAAGCCCUCUUCAGUGGAGGAAGAAGACAGCUUUUUUCGGCAACGAAUGUUCUCUCCUAUGGAAGAGAAGGAACUUCUUUCACCCCUCAGUGAGCCUGAUGACAGGUAUCCACUUAUUGUGAAGAUUGACCUGAAUCUCUUGACUAGAAUACCAGGAAAGCCUUACAAAGAAGCUGAGCCGCCCAAGGGGGAAAAGAAAAAUGUGCCAGAAAAGCACACGAGAGAGGCCCAGAAACAAGCCUCAGAAAAGGGUUCCAACAAAGGCAAGAGGAAGCAUAAGAAUGAAGAUGACAGCCGAGCCAGUGAGAGCAAGAAACCCAAAACGGAGGAUAAGAAUUCAGCAAGCCACAAGCCAUCCAGCAACAGAGAGUCAUCUAAGCAGAGUGCUACAAAAGAAAAGGAUUUGUUGCCUUCUCCUGCUGGUCAUGUUCCUUCAAAAGAUGCCAAAACAGAGCAUGGCUCUCGGAAGCGAACUAUUAGUCAGUCUUCUAACUUAAAGCCAAGCAGUAAUAGCAACAAGGAGAACAGUGGCAGCAGCAAAAGCAGUUCGUCCACAUCAAAGCAGAAGAAGACUGAAGGGAAGACUUCCAGUAGCUCCAAGGAGGUCAAGGAUAAGGCUCCAAAUAACUCUUCUAACUGUCCGCCAUCUACACCAACUCCUGAUGCUUCUAAGCCUCGGAGAACAAAGCUUGCUUUUGACGACAGAAAUUACUCAGCAGACCAUUAUUUACAAGAAGCAAAAAAGCUAAAGCACAAUGCAGAUGCAUUGUCUGAUAGGUUUGAGAAAGCAGUAUACUAUCUUGAUGCUGUGGUAUCUUUCAUUGAAUGUGGGAACGCAUUAGAGAAAAAUGCUCAGGAAUCCAAGUCCCCAUUCCCUAUGUAUUCAGAGACAGUGGAGCUCAUCAAAUACACUAUGAAGCUAAAGAAUUACUUGGCUCCAGAUGCUACAGCUGCAGAUAAAAGACUCACAGUACUUUGCCUACGAUGCCAGUCAUUGCUGUACCUGAGGCUAUUCAAACUAAAGAAGGAGAAUGCUCUGAAGUACUCAAAGACACUGACAGAGCAUCUGAAGAAUUCUUACAAUAAUUCUCAAGCUCCAUCACCUGGCUUGGGAAGCAAAGCUGUUGGGAUGCCUUCCCCUGUGUCUCCAAAACUGUCGCCAGGCAAUUCAGGAAAUUACUCUUCUGGAGCCAGUAGUGCUUCAGCAAGUGGUUCUUCCGUGACCAUUCCACAGAGGAUCCACCAGAUGGCAGCCAGCUAUGUUCAGGUUACAUCCAACUUCCUCUAUGCCACUGAAAUUUGGGACCAAGCUGAACAGCUUUCCAAAGAACAAAAAGAAUUCUUUGCUGAACUGGAUAAAGUAAUGGGUCCUCUCAUCUUCAAUGCAAGCAUCAUGACAGACCUAGUUCGCUACACCCGGCAGGGACUGCAUUGGCUUCGCCAGGAUGCCAAGUUGAUAUCUUGAACUGAACACAUUCUUGUUGCCUCUGAUUUUCUCCACAACACUGUGUCACAUCACGAAGGAAAACUGCCAUACCAUGCCACCUAGUCGACACUAAGAUUGAGGAAUGGUUUUCUCCCUGCUGGGUCAUGUGUUGUUUUUUUAUAACCCCAAACUAUCAUGUCAGUUGAUCCCUUCAGUGUUCCCAGUAUGAAAAGUUAUUUAAAUAGUUUUCAAUCCACAGCACAUUGAUAAAGAUGGUUUCACUUAUCUGUAAUAAGAUGGAAAUUCCAGUUGCAACUUAUAACUAAUCAAUUGAAAUUCUAUUUAUUUUAAUUUUUUUUUUAAGUUCCCAGAUUGGGACUAGUUUGAAAGCUUAGUUAUUUCUACAUAUAAAUUGACUCUGUUGAAUAUUUAGCAUAAAUUUAAUGUAGGAACUUUUAUUUAUAUACUUUGCGAGCUUUGUUACCUUAUAGUGUCUUUUUGUGGUAACUCUUAACAAGAGAGUAAGAGUUGGUUCAUCUUAGAUAUGGACAGAUUCUUUCCACACCUACUACCUGAUGUUAUUUCAAAUCUUAACUACAGUUUUAUUGCAGAAUUUAUAUUUAGUAUUAAGGAUACUCUCCAUAUGAAAAAAAAUCACUUAAAUAUGAGAAGAUGGCACUGUACAUGGAUGAAAGAUUAAUGUGUCUGAUUUGGUAUGCAUUAUUUCAAGAACUGUGAAAUGUGUUAAUAACACUAAAACAAUCACAAGGUGACUAUAACUUGCAUUUAAUGCAUUAAAGAAGAGGGCAGGCAAACUUUCUAGAAGUACAUCAUACAAAGGGUUUCAUAAAUGGACAAUCUUGAAUUUUAUGGAUUUUAUUAAAACCCUGUGUCCUUUCUUGUUGUUAAUUGUUUGACACUUAAUUGAAAUAUAAUGAGUUACUGUUUAAAGAAGGAUGAAUCCAGCUCACAAGGGUCGCUGCCUAAUUCUAAUUGUUAAUAUAUGAAAGUUAAAAUAUCUCUUCAGAACUCUUACUGUCUUUUGUUUUUCCCAUGCUAGAUUAUUUCACUCUGAUAUGAGCAUGCAGUGACUGCUAUAGGAAGGGCUGGAGCUAUGUGUGUGUGUGUAUGUUUUUGCUGUACAGUUUAACAAUUCUAAUGCCUGAUGUAGACAUGGUGUAUUUCUCCUUUUAAACCUAGCUUAUAUUUACUCCCUUUUUAUUAUAAGGGCCUCAUGAGUGAUGUGUGUUUCUGAUGGGAGCAGAAAAGUCACACUAGAAAAAUAUCUAACUUGGUAUAAUGUGAGCUCUCGGGGAGAGGAGGCAAGCAGGGGUAUAGUUUAAGAAGCCAGCUUUGUAAGCAUUGUAUGAUCAAAUGACCUUUCCCUACAACGUACAUAUAGGAGUCAAAGGUGAGAAAUGUGCCCUUCUGUAUUUUGUUUAUAGUGCCCCUAUCAUGUCUGGUGUGCCUUAAAUCUUAUCUUUAGAUGAAGACUCUGGAUUGUUUACAAGCUGAAGUUUUAUACUAGGAACAAGUUGCCCAGCCAUACAAGGUUGGUCUUUUGAAGUAAUAAUGUUAAAUUUUUCUUUUCUUUUCAAUCUUACUUUGAAGUUACAUAUAGAUUAAUUCUUUCAGAAAAGGUAACACUUUGGAACAUGACUUAGUCUAACAUAGUGGGUUAUGUUACUUCAAACAAAAAUUGUUUUUCCUUCUCCCCCAUUCCAAAAAUGAAUCUAUCCAAUCAGAAAAAAAAAAGAUUAUCGUACUAUUUAGAGAUGAUUGCCAAAGGUCUAGAUGAGAAACAGAAAAAAAGGACAAGAAAUCUCCCAGUUCAGUGGUGCAGUGAAUCCUUUCUGUGAGUCUCUUCUGCACUUCUUUCUGAAGUUUGUAAACUCUCGUUGUUCAGCGGCUUCGUAUUUAUUGAGCUUCUUAACUGUUUUGUACCUCAAGUUGUCUUUUACAUAUCAUUGAAAAUUAAGAUCUACAAAUGAUGUUGAGUUAACCUUUUCCCCUUAGAGAAAUUGUCUCUAAUGCCUUCCUAAUUUAAUCUUACUAUGAGUUUUAGAACCAGUUUUUCCUAAGAGGACAUGAUAGUUAUUUAUUAAAAAAUUCACCACUGUUGAUCAAGUGGAUAUGUACCCUGUCCUCCUCUGAUUUCUCGGCCCUGAUUCCUCAAUUUGCAGCGAUGUCUUAGAAAUGAAAACAAACCAUCACUGAGGCUUCUAGACUCUCAGCAACAGCAGCCACUGGGGCGUCUUGAGUUCCAGUGCAUUCUGGUCUCGUGUGCCCUGAUGGGCAGCAGGAGCAUUUCUGGGAGCACACUGAUAAUUUGUUUAAGCAGAGUUUCCUGCAUGCUUUAUGGUGCUGCUCUAAGAUACUCUUUUUAAAAAAGUGUGUUAAUUCUUGGAGAAUGAAUUUUUCAUGAUUUAUAGUGGAGGAUUUUUCCCACCAGGUGAUAAUGGGCACUGGAUCAAAAGGUUAUCCUAAAUGAUUGACUUUCCAGUGUCAUAGUCUGUGGAAACACCACUCGCUCUCCUCCUGGUCCGUCUUCGCAAAUGUCAAUGUCAUCAUUUGCCCCAACACAUGCUUUGGAUUCCUAUACAGUCAACCAUUCCUCCCUCCUCAAUAGGUGUCUUCAAUGUUUUCUAACAGUUUAAAACUGAAAUUGAUAAGUGGCUAAAAACUUACUAUAGUCUUGAAACUUGUACUUAAUAUAUAGCUAGUUAUAGAAAUAGCAACUAUUUUAAAAAUUACUGUAUGGUGACUGCUCUUUAAGACCACACUUGUAUGCCAGGAGGCAGCAGCCUACAUCGGACUCGCUACAGGCAACCAACACACAGAUUGGGGUGGAUGAAGUUGGGGUGGAUGUCUUGCCAGCCUGGGCUGGGCUGUGGGGAACCCUGCCUUCCAGGUGAUUCACGCUUCCACAACCCAGCCCAAGCUCUAGUCUGGUUGGGGAACACCCAGCCCAUUUCUUGCCUCAAUGCCACCUUUUUCUGUGCAAGUAGCCAAGAAGUAACUUUAUAAGCCGUGAGUACUGGUAUGUUCAGAUACCUUUACAGCUAUAGCUGCUGAAGACUGGAGAACAUUGACCAGCACUGAUUUAAUUCUCCAAUGUAAAAGCAAUCUAGAGUAAUGUGUGUAUACACCCACACACGCUUCGUGCCUCUGGGGAGCUCUUGCA